AUACUCUAUGGAAUAUGGUAAUUACGUGUGCUCUACGCGAUACCUGAAAGUAGCUUUCUCGUUCUCCUAAAGUGUCAAGUGCACAGAGACGAUCUGCCGUAACAAAGAUUUCCAUUCAAGUACAUAAUGGCUUUUUGAAAAUUAAUAAAUUCAGGUUUUCUGUUUUCUUGUUCUUCUUGUUUUUUGGGUUUUUGGAGUUUUAGCAGAAAGGCUUGUUAGAGGUUGUUUCAAAAUGGGAAUCAGUUGAGGGGUAGGCGCUUUGUUUGGAUGGGAAUUUCAAUUUCUGGAAAUUUCUCAGGAGGCAGAAAAUGCGAAAAUCAUUCAAGGAUUCUCUUAAGGCCCUUGAAGCUGAUAUUCACUUCGCAAAUUCCUUGGCAUCUGACCAUCCAAGGGACUAUGAUGGUGCCUGUCUUCAGAUGAGAAUAUCCUACAGUCCAGCUGCUCACUUUUUCCUUUUCCUUGUCCAGUGGACUGAUUGUCACUUAGCCGGGGCCUUGGGAUUGCUUAGAAUCCUUAUAUAUAAGGCAUAUGCAGAUGGGAAGACCACAAUGUCCGUCCAUGAAAGGAAAGCUAGCAUAAAGGAUUUCUAUGGGGUGAUAUUUCCCACAUUGUUACAACUUCAAAAAGGAAUAACAGAUGUAGAAGAAAGAAAGCAGAAAGAAAUUUGCGCGACCAAGUAUAAAAGAAAAAAUGAGGUGGAUAAAGGGAAGCUCUCCGAGAUUGAUCUAGAGAGGGAACAAGAAUGCAGCAUUUGCAUGGAGAUUCGAACAAAGGUUGUGUUGCCAAAUUGCGGCCAUUGCAUGUGCAUGAAAUGUUACCGAAGUUGUAAUUCUGGUAUUGUACCUAAGACGUAGUGAGUAUUCAAACCCAGCCUCUGCCUUGCAAGAGUAGAGGCUGCCUCUGCAGCAUUUGAAUCAACUGCAGGGGGAUACGAUGGGUGAAUGUAAUUCAGAGCUUGAGGUACGACUUAUAUGCCGGAGGUACUUCUUUCAGAUUUCUAAUUUAUGAAGUACACACAAGUUGCCCUUAGUAGGGAGCCAAGAUGCUUCCCUCAUUUUUGAAGAGAGAACGGGUUUCAUCCUGACUGGAGCUAUGCGCUCAUUGUAGCAGGCUUCAACAAUCAGGAAAAGAAAAAUGUGCAUCUAUUCCAAAAUCAGAUAAAGGGCCUUUUCAAUAAACUAGUAUGAAAUAACUUAUCAUGUUUUAAAGUGUUUAUCUGUAUUAAAAAGAACUGCAAUGAAGAGAGUUGUAUCGGUAUUUAUUGUUUUGAAGUCUCUUUUUCCAUUAAAAAGAAGUUAAUAUGAAUCGAAGAGAGUUAAGAAGUUCCU